CUUUAGCUCCCCAAGUAUAAAGACGACUCUUUAACAUUCAACUCCUAAACACAAUACCUUUACUUCGCUCAGUAGCUCAACCCAAUCGCUUUUAUUCUACUUCAGCUUUGAGUAAAAACAGCGCCAUGAAUGUCCUUAUUUACAGCGGCAAUGGUACCUCUCAAAAUUCUGUCAAACAAGCCUAUUCAACUCUGAAAGGUAUUUUGGGUCAUGCCUACGAUGUUAUGAAAGUUGAUGCGAUCAAUUUACAACAGGACCCUUGGGAAGAUACCUGCUCUCUUCUUGUUAUUCCUGGCGGUCGUGAUGUGCCUUACUGUGAAGAUCUUAAUGGAAAAGCCAACAUCCGCAUUAAAAAUUAUGUGAAUGGCGGAGGACGCUAUAUAGGGUUCUGUGCUGGAGCUUAUUACGCUUCUAAAAGUGUCGAAUUUGAAAAAGGGUCACCUAUAGAAGUAACAGGCUCUAGAGAAUUAGGAUUCUUUCCAGGCCAAUCCAAGGGAACAAUGUUUCCUGGAUUCGUAUAUAACAGUGAGAAAGGAGCAAAAGCAGUUUCGAUUCGAACAAUGGCUGCAGCAAGUCUAGUCAACGAUUCUCGAAGGCCGACAGAAUUCAAAUCUUAUUAUAAUGGUGGUGGUUAUUUCGUAAAUGCUCAAAACUAUGACAAUGUCACAAUAUUGUGUACUUAUCAGGAUAAGGGUGGAUUGAACGAGAAGGAAGAAGGGCAUCAACCAGAUGUUUCUGCUGCUGCUGGCGUACAAUGUCAGAUUGGAGCUGGUUCCGCUGUGUUAUUUGGUUUUCAUCCAGAAUACGACGUUAGUUUACUGGAUUUGUCAGAAAAUGAUCAUGGGGAACUUGUCAAAAAAGAAAUACUAGAGUCAGCAACAGCCUGUCGAGCAUUUUUAACGGAUGCAUUACGUAACAUCGGUCUCAAAGUUCAAGAAAUACCGCGAGAAAUGAAUUCAGCAGAAACAGCAGUAGAAACAUCGACUCCUGCACUAACUCCUCUGUACCUCACAGCUUUAUCUUAUCCAGUACUACAAGCUGUAAAGGAUCGGUUGUUGAAGGAGACAAAUGCUCAGUCUGUAUUGCGAGAUAAUAACGAUACCUUUCAUAUAUCGCAAUUAAAUGAUGAUUUGCAGAACGGCAAUGAAGUAGAAAGGAUGUUAGAAGAUCUAUCUCUGGAGAGUUCAUCAGAAGAAAAGACAUCUAUUUUAAGAAUUUUAUACCCAUCAACUAUAGUAGCAGAAGGAAAUAUAUCCAAUGCUGCUGCUACACCUAAAAUAUCGAUGACGCCUAUGUUCGAUCUUCAAAAAUAUUACAAAGCAUUGAAAAUUUGUAGACAACAAGAGUGGGGAGGCGGUGCUUGGUAUCAUAUUGGUAAUGUUGUGCUCUAUUCAGCAGUGACAACAAGCACACAGACUAUAUUGGACAAAAAUUAUACCUUUGCUCAGGCUUUACCCUCAGGCACUGUUUGUAUUGCUACUACGCAAAUUUCGGGAAGAGGUCGUGGCUGUAAUUCGUGGGUAUCACAGGUUGGUGCGGUGCAGUGCAGUUUUAUAAUACGCCACAGUGCGCAGCUUUCUAUGAAAGCGCCUGUCGUAUUUAUUCAGUACAUUAUGGCUCUUGCUGUUGUUGACAGUAUUCGAGAACGCAAGGGGUACGAGAAUGUUCCUCUACGAGUAAAAUGGCCCAACGACGUAUAUGCUGAAACCAAGCAUGAAGGAUUGAAAAAAGUAGCUGGUCUCUUAGUCAAUUCCAGUUUUGCUGGUGAGGAAUUCUUAUUAGUUGCUGGAUUUGGUUUGAAUUUGGAUAAUCCGCUUCCUACUGUUUCCAUAAAUGAUGUUAUUCAAGAAACAGAUCCCAAGCUGGAAAGGCUAGAAAAGGAGGAUGUGGCAGCAAAUGUUCUGGUAGUAUUUGAAAAGUAUUAUAUGGAGUUCUGUGAAAAGGGAAUCGGACCAUGGUUCUUGGACAAAUAUUAUAGUCGAUGGUUGCAUAGUGACAAAUUGGUGACAUUAACCACCCAUAAUAACGAAAAGGUGAGGAUUACCGGCAUUACAAGUGAUUAUGGUAUGCUAGAAGCAGUCAGCAUCAAUAAUCCUAGACAGAGAUUCACUUUACAACCCGAUGGGAAUAGCUUCGAUAUGCUUAAGGGUUUAAUCAUCAAGAAAACAUAAAAUUUGAAUUGUAUCAUUGUUGGUAAACUGUAGAAUUUUCCUUUCAAAUUUCGAGAAAACAAUAAAUGAGCAACAGAUUUUGAGUAAAGUGACCAAAUGCUCGAUUGCGUUUAAGCAUGAGCAGUUGACUGAGC